CAUUCAUCAUAUAUAACGCUCGCACACGCCUCUAGCCUAGCUAUCUGCAACCCAUCAUCAUCAAUCACAAAACCAAAAGAAGCGGGUGCUAGGAGGUCACCCAAUCCGACUACGACACGUCAUGUCGCUCAUGGAGGAAUCCUCGACGACGGCACACCCGCCGGCGAAGACCGUGAUGAGAGUGGCGGCCAUCUCCGGCUCGCUGCGCAGGGCGUCGGCCAACACCGGCCUCAUCCGUGCUGCCGCCGAGAUUUGCAGGGAGUCCAUCCCAGGCCUGCACAUCGACCACGUCGACAUCUCCGACCUGCCGCUGCUCAACACCGACCUCGAGGCCGCCGACGGCGCGUUCCCGCCGGCCGUCGAGGCGUUCCGCGACAGGGUCCGCAGCGCCGACUGCUUCCUCUUCGCCUCGCCCGAGUACAACUACUCCAUUUCAGGGCCGCUGAAGAACGCGCUGGACUGGGCAUCGCGGCCGCCGAACCGCUGGGCGGACAGGGCCGCGGCGAUCCUGAGCGCGUCGGGCGGCUCCGGCGGUAACCGGUCGCAGUACCACAUCCGGCAGGUCGGGGUGGCUCUCGGCAUCCACUUCGUCGUCAAGCCGGAGGUGUUCACCAAGGCUCAUCAGCUGCCCAGGAAGUUCGACGACGACGGCAACCUGAUCGACCCGGAGACGAAGGAGCAGCUCAGGAAGCUGCUCCUGGCGCUGCAGGCGUUCGCGCUCAAGCUCCAGGGGAAGCCUGCUGCUGCAGACUCUGCUGAAUAGGUGGAUUGGUUGAUGGCUCCGUUUGUUGGAUUGUUGAGGCGAGUUCAGUUCAUUAGAGGAGUGCUCGAUGCUGUCGUGAAUAAUUCUCUGCAAUACUGUCACUUAUUAUCUUUUUCUGCUUGUAGUUUUGCUCACUGAAACUUCUUUAAUAGUGAGUAUGUUCGGUAUUAUUAUACAAAAAUAAGAGCAGCCGGUGAUCCCCAUUGCAAAAUUCAUCUCGAGGUACAGUUGUGA